UUCUUUUUCAUUGUGGGAGGCAGUAACGGUCUUUGCGCAUGCGCAGUGGUCCUUCACACAACCGCAAUAAGCAAAUAUGGCGGCGGCCGUCGACAGUGUUGUGAAAGUUCUUGGAGAGCAGUAUUAUAGAGAUGCAAUGGAGCAGUGUCACAGCUACAACGCCCGUCUCUGUGCUGAACGCAGCAUCCUCAUGCCCUUCCUGGAUUCUCAGACUGGAGUUGCACAGUCCAACUGUUACAUCUGGAUGGAGAAGAGGCACAGGAGUGCAGGUAUAGCUCCAGGACAGCUGUACUCUUACCCUGCUCGCCGUUGGAGGAAGAAGAGACGUUCCCAUCCUCCAGAGGACCCUCGUUUGGCCUUCCCUCCUCUCAAAGCAGCAGAUUUAGAGCUGGGGCUUAAGCGUGAGGCUUUGGGAACAGUGGAUGGAAGCAGCUUGGAGGCUCUGCUAAAAGGCGAACCCCUGGAGAGGAGGAGCGGCGUGGCCGAUGUUCGAGCUCCUGAGGACGAUCCGGUCACCGUGGAGCCUCCGGCCACGUCAGCCGUCACUCACACGUCUUCUGGGCGCAUCCGUAAGCAGAGAGUGCUCGACCACGAUGACUACUUAGAUGACCUCGAUGAUGAAGACUUUGAAGAUGAGACCCCCAAAAGACGAGGCAAGAGCAAAUCCAAGGGUCGCAGCGACAAGAACGGGAAGAAGAAAACGGAGGCUGCAGCCGCAGCGCUGGAGGAGAGGGACAAACCGUACGCCUGCGACAUCUGUGGGAAGCGCUACAAGAAUCGCCCAGGCCUGAGCUACCACUAUACACACUCUCACCUGGCAGAGGAGGAGGGCGAGGACCACGAGGAGAUUGAGGCACCACCCACUCCUCGCCAGCCUGAGGAGCAGAAGACCACAAAAAAGGGUCCCAAUGGACUGGCAAUGCCCAACGAUUACUGCGAUUUCUGCCUGGGGGACUCGACUUUGAAUCAGAAAACGGGCCAAUCAGAGGAGCUGGUGUCUUGCUCAGACUGCGGGCGGUCAGGACAUCCGACGUGUCUGCAGUUCACCCCUGUGAUGAUGGCUGCUGUGAAGACGUACCGCUGGCAGUGCAUCGAGUGCAAAUGCUGCAACGUCUGUGGCACCUCAGAGAACGAUGACCAGCUGCUCUUCUGUGACGACUGCGAUCGAGGCUACCACAUGUACUGUCUAAGCCCCCCUAUGACCGAACCACCAGAGGGGAGCUGGAGCUGCCACCUGUGCCUGGCUCUGCUAAAAGACAAAGCCUCCAUAUACCAGCAGAACCAGAGCUCAGCCCCAGAGUGACGUCCCAACAUGAAGCCCACCUCUCAGCAACAGGACCCCCAGCGGACCCCGGCCCUAAAUGUCAGACCUCCUCUCAGCCCGUCACGCCGGGGCUCUGUUCAGAUCUAGCUGAGCCAGAUCGCAGAUCAGCUUUACAAGUCGCUCUUAUCUACAGUGCUAGCCGGGCGGGGGGGGGGGGAUCAAAAAAUGAACAGACCUCAGAUCAGUCAACACAGGGAUCAAACUAUCACUACAAACCUGCCUACAACGGCCCCCAGACUCGCUGUCAGACAUGUAACAUAUGUGUAUUAGCAUCAUUCUUAAUGGACUGUUACACACGGUAACGGCAGUAGCUGCUGUCUCGAUGGGAACGAUUGGCAUCACAGCUGAUUAUUUUUAACCCCUUCACUCAAAGACACAGCAGGGAGCUAAAAGAUCUAUUUUUACGCGGAGAACACGUCACCGUAUAUCUGGUUAAGAAAUAUAAUUGUCGUUUCUGGUUCUUAGUGGGCUUUUGUAGUGGCUUUUGUCGGUGUGUGCUGUUGUCCCAUCCACCAAACCUUUUACCGUGCUUCGGUGAGGUUUCCCUUUGUGUAUCUUAAUCAUGCUACACGCAUCACAGCAACUCCUCUCUCCGCUCAGUCAGCUCAUAUUUAGCACCACCCUCACGGUGGCUUUCAUUUGGCUCCAAAAAGACGACGCAAACACUCGGAGUUCAAUGUUUUAUCAUAAUGUCUUAAAAGAUGAAGAAGGUGUGUUGAGACAGCAGAGUUCAUCAUCAAGAUCAACAAACACUUUUAAAAUGCCUCCGACUCGCUGGCUAAGCUGAUCUUCAUAUUUCAGCUCACUACAUAAAUCACGGAUGAUCAUAAUUAAAUGUUUAUCAUGUUAUUUUUAAUUCUCAUCAUUUCACACAUUGCUGUGGUGCCAAUGAGACACACUCCUUCUCAAAUUAGCUGUUUUUAUCCUUCGUCCCUCUGGGGUUGAUUUGCAUGCAACAUGCACACACUUUCAUCCCAGCCGUUUCUUUUUUAUUUACAUUUUGUAUUCUCUGAUAUUCCAUUGGUAUUGGGAGUUUUUACUAGCUGAAUUUGUAAAGUCCAUGAUAUUGCAAACACUUCGACAUAUAAAUAUAUAUAUAUAGCUCCUAAUCCAUUCUAUGUACUGUAUUGACUUUUAUAUUUUUGUUAUGAAUGUGACGCUUCCAGUUGUUUAUGUCAGACUUUCUUCAUAAGUAUUUGUAAGAUGACGUACUUUGUUGUACUAUUUUUAUUUUUAAAUUUUUUUGGUAUUGAAGCUGAUUUAGCCCGACUGAAAUAAAGAUCAUUUUGAAUCAUG